ACCACAACUCCCAGGCGCCUGUGCGCCCGCCGCGCCCCGACCACGUGACUGCCAGGCUUGGGUCGAGAUCGCUGCAGCGACUGUAGGACUCGGAACCUGGAGACCCGAGCGGGCAGAUCCGUCCCUGGCGCACCCCUCGCGCACUCACCAUGGAGAUGCAUUUCAUCUUCUCAGAUAAGGUGGUGCUUCUGUUUGAUUUCUGGAGGGUCCACAGUCCUGCAGGCAUUGCCGUUUCGGUGUUGGUGGUCCUGCUGUUGGCCGUGUUAUACGAAAGCAUCAAGUUUGCCAAGACCAAGCUGCUCUACCGGACUCUGGUGAACAUGCCCACCUCCACCAGCGAGCGGCUCGAGGGGACAGACCAGGAUUCUUCAAGCUCAGAGUCACCCCCAGUCAGCAGACCGCGCCUCAGGUGGUGGUUGUCUCACUUUGGCCUGUCUCUAAUCCACGUCGUUCAGGUGGUCAUCGGCUACUUCGUAAUGCUGGCUGUUAUGUCCUACAACACCUGGAUUUUCCUUGGCGUGGUCCUGGGCGCGGCUGUGGGCUACUACCUCGCCUACCCGCUUCUCAGCAUAGAUUAGGGCCGCGCAGGCGCUGAGCACUGGCGACAGCUGGGCGCCCCCUCCAGUCAUUGCACUUUCAGGCCCGAGUCUCCUUUUUCUUCUGAUGGAUGGUCCUCACCUCCCUCCCAGCUCCUAGAAAUUUUCAGCCGAAGCCAGCACUUGCUCCCUGGAGUUCAGAGGCCACUGCAGCUACCUCUCCUCAGACAGCCCACCCAGGGGUGCUAGUCUUGCGCCUUAGCGCGCUGCUGUGACUAACAGCCCGUCCUCCGGGACAGCAGAGAGAACAGAGCCCAGAGGCAGGAUUGCCGAGCCUGUGCUGACUUACCUGUGACUCAACACUUAAGAAUUUCCAAAGAUCUCCAAGACCAGGAGACAGGUUCUGGGCAAAGGGCUCGGAGCCCGGCCACCGUUCGCUCUCCUGACUUGUGCCUUACCUAGAUGAGUGUCUUCCCUUGCACCUCCUGUCCUCUCCUGUCUUUGGAGGACAGAGGCCACACUGGGUCCCUUUUUUCACCCUCUGCCUUUGGAACAUGGGAAGAUUGUUUCUUCUCUUUAUGGAUCACGCUGACAAACUAAGAUUUUUCACUUUUCCCCAGCGAACUCUUGGUUGGCAACUUUGCACAUUAAUACAAACAAAAAUUUUCAUUAAAUUAUUUCAUUUCAUUCA